UUGCGCAGUGCGUGGUAAAUAGACUUACGUGCUUGCGUCUCACCUUGAUUGGAAGUCUCAAAUGAGUUUGCCAGAACAUCAAACAGCAAGUGGCAAAGGCCGUUCGAGGGGACGCACGCGGGCAAGAAGAGAAAAUGCGAUCGAAAAGAAGUCAGAAGAAUUAGAGGAGAAGAGAAAUAGAAAGAGAAGUGACUCUGACAAUGCAAAUGACGAGUCAGCAAACGCAGCCAAUCAUCUAAUGAAAACAGACAAGAAGGAUGAUGAACAGGAACAGAAGCAGCAAGAGCAAACAGAAGAGGAACAAAAGCAAGCAGAAGCUCUACUGAAGGAGCUACAGCAAAGAAUCGAUGAGAAAUGUGCAAUGAGAGAGACAAACUUGAAAGUCCAAGAGCAUCGUUCGGAUGACAGUGAAGAACGUGUGAGAGGGUUGGAUGCAUCUGUUAAGAAGAACAGUGCGUUUGUCAAGAAACUGAGAACAAUGACAGAGCAACAACGAGAUGCUUUAGUGAGAGAAUUCAACAGCCUUAAUCUCUUAAGAUACGUUGACGAAGCAGCGCAAGCCAUUGGGGAAGCAAAAUACAAAAUGGCUGACAUUGGCUGUGCUGUUCACAUUUGCUCUUUGUUUCACCAACAAUAUCCACAGUUCUCUCCAGCAUUGAUGAAGGAAUUGGACAAACUGUUUGCUGAUGGCAUUUCCAAGGAGGAGAAGCCUUCUCAUCUUUCCACAUAUCGAACAGCUUUGAGACUUAUUGCUGAGCUUUCUGUUUGUGGUGUAUUUGACUCAUCAACUAGUCUCACUCUUCUUCAAAAACAUCUUACAAUGAUUGUCAAUGGAGACAAAGGAUACUACAACUACCUAACGGUGGUGAUGAGUUUUGCACGUCAUUGUGGUGAAGACCUGGCAGGGCUGUUGCCACGGAAACAAAAAGAGAUGCUUAUGAAACACGGAUUUGAAGUUCCGAUGUCAAAUUUGGUGGACACGGAGAGGCAGGCUGUGUUUCGUGGGUUGUUGAACGGGUAUUAUGAUUCGCUGGCGGAGCAUCUGCAGAAGGAACAUAAAGUAUUACAGAAAAUUGAGAGAAGGAACAGACGAGCAAUGCAGACUCGUGGAGAAGUGAGGCAAGAAGAUGAAGAAGAAGCCGAACGAGCGCAGAAAUCGUAUGAAAAGUUGUUCAGCAACACGUCAACUCUAGCAGAUGUACUAACACUUGACAUGCCAGACUUGCCCGAAGACGUUUCACUGCAAAAUGAGGAAUCGGUUCUUGUUGGUUUGUUUACUCCCAAGGAAGGCGAGUCAUUGGAAGAGGCUGCCGCCAAUGCAUUGUGGGAAGACGAAGACACGAGGACGUUUUAUCAAAAUCUGAUUGACUUGAAGGCCGUUAUUCCUGGGAUUCUUUUCAAGGAAGGUGAUGGCAGAGAAGCUCAGAUGAAGUCCGAGCAGAAAGAAGAACAAACAUUAGAUGCUCAAGACGAGGAACAGAUCGAUGACUCUAAUCAGUUGGAUGGAAAAGGAGAGGGAGACGAAGAAGUGGAAAUGAAUGCAAUGAUGAAAGAGUUGGCAGUUGCCGAUGACGAUGAGUUGCCACCACUGGAAGGAGAGAUAAUAGACGCCAUCACAAGUGACCAACAACCCAAAGACGAGGCCACCACAGACAUGGUAUCUACACCAACUCCAUUGUUUAGCCCAUUUGAUGAGUGGCUACAGCGACUGCCCACAUGCAUCAACCGCCAAUUCAUAGACAAAGCAGCAACUGAAUUUUGCAUGCAACUCAACACAAAAAGCAACAGAAAGAAACUUGUUAAGGCUUUGUUGGGUGUGGAUCGUAAUCGUCUUGAUCUGUUGCCGUUCUAUUCGCGGCUUGUGGCUACGUUGAAUGCAUGCCUGCCGGAUGUUGGUCCGGAACUUGUUGAAGCUGUGACAAAACAAAUGAAAUGGCUGGUUCACAAGAAAGAUCAAACAAAUGUUGAGACAAAGAUUAAAGUUGUUCGGUUUGUUGGUGAACUAACAAAGUUUGGUGUCUGUUCCAAGUCAGACACUAUUCAAUGUCUCAAGAUUCUAAUCAAAGAUUUACGUCACCACAGCAUCGACAUGGUCUCACAUCUUCUCGAAACGUGUGGCCGUUUCCUGUUUCGUUCGCCCGACUCACAUGUCCGAACACGAGUUCUACUGGAAAUUAUGAUGAGGAAGAUGCAAGCUAUGCAUCUCGAUUCUCGAUACGUUACCAUGUUGGAGAAUGCGUAUUAUGAGUGUAACCCACCAGAAGUUCAGAAGUUGGUGAGGAAAGUACGACCUCCGAUGCAUGAAUACAUUCGAAAACUGCUUUAUAAAGAUCUGAACAAGAUGACUGUUGAUAAGGUUAUAAAUCAAUUUCGGAAGCUUCAUUGGGAUGAUAGCUCUGUGAGGGAUUAUGUCAUCAAGAGUCUGACAAGGGUGUGGACUGUUAAGUACAGCAACAUUCGAUAUGUGGCUGACGUGCUCAGUGGUUUGGCUGAGUAUAAGGAAGAGGUGGCACUACAAGUUGUUGAUGCUCUUCUCGAAGACAUUCGUGUUAUGAUGGAAGUAAAUUUAGGACGAUUCAACCAACGCCGCAUCAGUGCAGUUCAUUAUCUCGGUGAACUAUACAACUACAGAAUGGUAGAAUCGUCAGUCAUAUUCCGCACACUCUACAGCUUCCUUGCAUUCGGCCACAACUCGGAUGGCUCACCAUCUCAUCUGGAUCCCUCCACGUCGUACUUCCGUGUCCGUCUCGUCUGUGUGCUGCUCGACACGUGUGGCCAUUAUUUCUGUCGUGGAUUGACAAAGAAAAAACUCGACAUCUUCCUUGUGUAUUUCCAGUGUUAUCUGUGGGGGAAGGAGCAGCCAAUGCCAAUCGAAAUUGAGUUUCUUGUUCAUGAUACGGUAGAGAGUUUACGGUCAAAGCUCACGCUGUUUGCGACGGAUAAAGAGACGUUUGAAGCAGCCGCAAAGUUGGAAGCUGAUUUUAGAGCUAAACUGGAUCAUAUCAAGCCUAUCAUUGGUGACUCCAAUCCUUCCCAAGCACAACAAGAGGCAGCAGCUAGAGGCUCAAUAUCCGGUGAAGACGAAGACGAAGACGAGGAAGAUGAAGAGAACGACGAAGACGCAGCUGGUGAAGACGAACACUUGGGUGAAACUGCAUCAGACACAGGAGAUGAGGAUGAAGUUCACUUUCUGUCUGGUGGCCACAAGCAUGUUCCAUCAGUCGAGGAUGAUUCGUUUGUUGCAGCAUUUGAUAAGAUGAUGACUGAGACCAUACAGAGCCGUCGCAAUGAAACAGUCAAAGUCUCGUCAGUCGACAUCCCGCUGCCAAUGCAUAUGCGUCAUUCUACAUCUUCCACACAAUCCUUUGAACCAGCAGACAAUGAGAACUCAGUCAAAACGGUCAACUUCAGUCUCGUUCUAAAAAAGGGUCACAAACAGCAGUUUAAAGAAAUUGCCGUUCCAGUUGAUUCCAGUCUUAUAAUGAGCAUUCGUAACAAACAAGAGGCCGAACGAGAGGAGCAGAGGCAGAUGAAACGACUCGUUCUUACUUACGAACAACAGCUAGAAGAAGAGGACCAGAAAGGUCUCAAUAAGGCACCAGCAUUAAAGCCAAUCCAUCAACAGCCGGUUGUGCAGGGAACGCAGCAACAGCAUCCGCAGCAGAAGCAGCAGCGGUCAAGUGGUGGUGGGAGUCAAGUGAGGAGGGGAACGAGUGGACAGCAAACUGGUCAGCAACACAAAGUAUAUCAACAGUUCAGUAAGAAAGAGACGUCUGGGCCUUCAGCGGGGCCGAGGCGGCACUGAUGUUCCAUUUGAGACUAUACAUACAUGCGUAAGGUGGCGACGGGCA